CUUCUGUGAUUCUAUCCCGCUCUAUUGGACACUUCGUAUUUUAUAUCCGAUACCUCUCUCAAGAAAAAGAGAGGUAGAGAAAAAAAAUAUAAAAUACAAAAAAAAAUAUUGAGAAACGCUUCAAUGGCGCUUAGGAAACUCCUCACCAAGCGUUUCUUCGAAGGUACCAAAACGACGAUGCCGUUUGAGCACAAAGUUGUGUCGUCUCCGCCUCUCCAACAGGCGGUAUCGCCGCCGAGUGCGCCGCAACCGAGCUCCACCGCCGAUGGAGGAUUCCUCCGACAGUUCUUCUUCCGGCGAGCCGUGUACCACUCCGCUCCGACGAGGCUGCCGGAGGUCCUGACUCUCCCGGUCGGAGAGCGGCUCCGCGAGAAGCUCAAAGGCAUCAACAGCACCGCCGGAGAUCGUCUCCGUCUCGGCGGCGUGGCUCCGGCGGAGCCAGGCAUCGGAAUGUCUGCGAACGACGCGAGGAAGAUUCUGAGAGCGACGCAAAUGGAGAAGGUGAAGGCGAGGCUGAGGAAUGUUUCAGAAAGUUCCAUUCCGUUCUCUGAGUUCUUGCGGAUCUGCGUGGAGGCUUGCGAGAAUCGUGAACAAGGUGCUGAGUUCGCGAAGAUCUUGGAUGACUCCGGAAACGUCAUCGUUUUGGGAAACGCCGUUUUUCUCCGGCCGGAGCAGGUGGCAAAAUCAAUAGAGAGCUUAAUCUAUCAAUCAAUAGCCAACCCAAACGAUCCAAGAAGGAAGGAGCUAGAGCAGAUGGAGAAGCAGAAGGGUGUUAUUGAUGACAAGGCUAAGGCCCAGGUCCGGGCCGAGCUUUAUUUUGGACUGGGCUUUUUGACAGUUCAGACCCUUGGAUUCAUGAGGCUCACUUUCUGGGAGCUAAGCUGGGACGUGAUGGAGCCCAUAUGCUUCUUCACUACCUCCAUGGGCUUCGCUCUUGCGUAUCUUUUCUUCCUCAAAACUUCUGCAGAACCCACCUUUCAAGGCUUCUUCUAUUACCGGUUCAAAGUCAAGCAAGAGCGUCUCAUGAAGACGCACAACUUCAACAUGAGUAGGUACAACGAGCUAUGUAAGGCAUGCUAUCCAAGUUAUCAUCAUGGUGGUGUUAAUGAGAACUCUGAACCUUCUCCAUCCUUCCACCACCACCCAGGGGAAGCACAUGUAAGAGCCUUGCAUCGUUAAUGAAUAAUGAACUAUUUAUCUUGGUAUUAAUUACCAUGUGAAUAUUUGUCACCAUGCAUGUAGUCAAGUGAAAACUCUAUGUUUAAUCAAAAUGGAAUGUACAAAAACUGCAGUAGAUAACUUCAUUUCAUUUUAAAGACUGAGAUCUCUUUCUAUAGUUUAGUAAAUA